CGUACACAGUCGAGCCCGGGGGCCUCCAAGAUCCGCCGUCUUCCUGACCCAGCCCGGAUCCAUCCAGAACCCUCCUUCCUCCCCUCCGAGAUGCCACGCGCACCGAAGAACCGCGCCCCCGCCAAGCGCAAGCGCCGCCGCCGCCCCCGCCGCGGCAAGGGCGCGGCCGCCGACGCGCCCGACUGCUUCUCCAGCCUCCCCGACGACGUCCUGCUCGCCAUCACCAGCCGCCUCCCGACCCGCCUCGUCGUCUCGCUCUCCGUCCUCUCCCACCGCUACCGCAACCUCCCCGCCAUGCUGCCCCGCCUCGACUCCCUCCUCCUCUCCGCGCCCCCCUUCCCGAUCCCGCUGCCCGCCACCCCGCCGCGCCUCCUCCGCCGCCUCGACAUCGCCCCGACCAAGCGCGUCAAGCCCUCCGACUUCCGCCGCGCCAUCGACAGCGCCGCCGACCACGGCGUCUCCGAGCUCGCCGUCCGCCUGCGCCGCCGCGUCUGCCUGCCCAAGCGCGUCUUCGCCAUCCGCUCCCUCACCGUGCUCUCCCUCAACACCUGCGCCGUGCCGCGCCUCUCCGCCGUCGCCUGCGCCGGCCUCCGCACCCUCAAGCUCCACCGCGUCUUCGUCAACCAGGACAUCGUCACCGCCAUCCUCUCCGCCGCCACCAGGCUCGACACGCUCGAGAUGGUCUUCUGCACGGGCUUGAUCGGCGGAUGCACGGUGGAGUCGUCCUCGGUGAGGACCUUCUUGUUUAGGCCAGCUCUCGAGCAGAAGGCGGUCACGCUGACCGCCACGGGGCUGAGGACAAUCACGGUCUACACGCGGCCCAAGACGCAGAAGGUGCAGCUGGCGCCUUCGCCCGAUGUCAGGAAGGCAUACCUGCACGUCGCCAAGUUCCGGGAGAUGAUCUCCUUCAGGAUGCGGCCCUUCUUGGAUGCUGCCGCGCGCCUAGCUUGCCUCACUCUCAGAGGCUUUUCCAUGCUGCUGUUAGCUGGUGAAUAUGAAGAUACUGCCAAGUUGCCAGUUACAUUUCAAGACUUGAGGACACUAUCAGUGAGCUUGGAUUUCUCGAGCGAAUCAGAAGUUGUUCUCCUGGCGAAGCUGCUUGAGAGCUGUCCUAACCUACAACAGUUGACUGUUUCGGCUGCUGAAAAUAAGAAGAAAGAUGCGUGCCGUGAGAAAGAUGUGUGCCUUGAGGCUAAUCUCAAGGGGAUGCUGGCAAAUGUAUCAUGCAUCACUGGGAGCCUGGCGCAGAUCACCUUUCUUGGAUUCAAGUCUGAACAAUAUCAGAAGGACCUCCUCUUUUGCCUAUUAAAUCGAACAGCUAAUCUGAAGAAGAUUGGAGUGCAGUUUCCAGAGAGCGAGGAAGCUGUUGUGAGGUGGGCUUUGCAAAAUAGGAAAGCCCCAAUCGAGAGAAAAUCUACUCUGUAUAACCUCCGCUUCUUGGAGUUGGAGUAUGGCUCGUAGUUUACACAUAGGUAGCUAGGUUUGUGCGACAUCACAUGUACCCUUUCCAUGUACAUACAUUAGUUUUAACUUUCUUGUGGACAUGACAUGGCAUCAUUGCAGUCUUGAGUGGUUGCAUUCUUUAAA